AUGGAUCCUAAGUGUGUUUUGUGCAAAUUCGAAGAUAAAACAGGGGAUCAUUUGUUUGCUGAAUGUCCCUACACCACAAGAGUUUGGGAUAGACUACUUCAGUGGCUACAAAUCCAGCACAAUCCAAGGCAUAGCUGGCUAAUGCAUUAUCAAUGGGUGUUGUACGAUAUCAAAGGCAGAACUGUUCGAGCCAAGAUCCUGAAGAUGGUAUAUGCUGAGUUCAUCCAUUCCAUAUGGAAGAAGAGAAAUGCCAGAAUCUUUGAGCAUAUUGAGAAACCUGAGGGUGUAAUUGCUAGAAACAUUGCAUGCACUUGUAAUGUUAGAGCCAUGUCUACUAGUCGACAGUUUUUAGAUUCUUGCAUGUUUUGA